AUGGAAGAACUUCGCCGUUCACUGUCUGACGUAAAAUGGCUAGAUUCUUUGUCCGUAAAAGACAGCAAAGAAUUGGAAAAUUAUAUAUGUUCGCAGCAAACCAAGAUUGAUGAGUGGAAGGAAAAGUUUGAAGUCCAUCGCUGUACUUGUGAACAACAGUAUUUUGAAUUGGAAAAACAAUUAAUAACAGCAAAUACAAAAUUGGAAACUGAAAGCAAUUCAUCAGCUGAAUUCAAAGAAAAGAAUCAAGAAUUAGAGAAGAAAUUUAAAGAAGCUUCUACAAAAUUAAAAGUAUUACAAGAUAACCAUGAAGAUAACGAGUCUUCCAGACAACGUCUUUGCAAAGAAAAGGAGCAGUUGGAAUGUGAGAAGAGAGAAUUAGCUGCACUUAUUGAGAAAAGAUCAAAGGAGGUGGAUCGGCUCAAUGGAGAAUGUAAAGAACUCUCAAAGAAAUUCUCAGAAGCAAAUCAAGCCAAAUGUGAGGCUCUGGCUAAAGUUGAAGAAAUUCACAGCCAAGAUGUUGUUGCUAAGUACCAAAAGGAAAGAUUUACACAAGAAAUUGAGCAACUACAGAAGCAAGUUGAGUACCUCAAUGGCGAGUUAGAAAAGAAGAUUAGGGAUCAGCAGAAUAUUUUGAAAGAUAAGACAUCCCAAUUAUUGCAGGUUCAAUCUGAAUUAGAUGCAAAAACAGAAGAGGUCAAACUUUGUAAAGAGAACAUCGAAUCUCUUAAGAAAGUCAACAAUGAGCAGAUAAAUAAAAUUGAAAAUUUCAAUAAGAAGCUUAAAGAUGCUCGUGAUGAUCAGAUUAAAAUGGACUUCCAAUUUCAACAAGAAUUACAAGCCCAAACUAAACUGGUAACUCUUUAUAAGGGUUUGUCCGAAGAGUCUGAAGAAAAAGUGAAAGAAUUAACACGAGCAGUCUCUGAAUUGCAGAAGCUAUAUAAAGAAACUUCUGAAGCUCAGACACAACAGGAAAAAUCUAAAGAUGCUGAGAAAAAAAGGUUUAUGGACCAGCUGGAAACAAAAGAUAAAAAGAUUCAAAGUAUGGAAAAGGAACUAAGUAAUGCCAAUGAUCUUUUAUCUAAAUCGUCAAAAACUCGAGGAAUGACUGAUGAGAGCAUUGCUGCACUUUCUCCUACUGCUGCUGCUACAAGCAAAUUACUUAAAUCUGGAAUGACUCUUACCCAAAUUUAUAAUGAAUAUGUCCAAGCUGUUGAUGAACUGCAUUUAGAAAAAGAAGAGAACAAGCGUAUCAAUGGCUACUUGGAUCAAAUCAUGCAGGAAAUUGAAGAAAAGGCUCCAAUAUUACGACAGCAAAGAGAAGACUAUGAACAUGCUUUGCACACCAUCACACAGCUUACCCAAAAAUUAGAUACUGCUAUGGAGGAAGGUCAAAAGCUCCGAUCAGAGGCUGAUGAAUCCCGAAGAAGAUUGACGUAUGUUCAAAAAGAGAACAAAAAAUUCACUCAACAGAGUGUUGAUUUGGGUCAACAGGUUCAAUAUCUGCUUCGUGAAGUUGAAGAACUACGUGGGGGUCACAUAGUUGCUGAUGAGGCAGAAGUUUCUUCAACUGAAGUUACAAGUUCUUCUCAGCUAAUCACAAAUAGAUUAGUCACAUUCAAAAAUGUCCAAGAGCUGCAGGAACAAAACCAACGUUUGUUAGAAGUUGUACGUGAACUCAGUGACAAACGGGAGGAAGAAGAACAAGAAGUCACUGAUGCUAAAACAUUGGAAUUGAAGCAGAGUCUUGAAAAUGCUUUGGAAGAGUUGAAAGAUCUGAAGGCUUCAAGAGCACGACAAGAAGAACUGGCUGAGUCCAUUAUUCGCCAGAGAGAUAUGUAUAGAGUAUUAUUUCAGCAAUCUUCACAACAAGUAGCCAAUGUAGAAAUCUCCACACCAUUCCGUGGUCGUGGUGGUCGAGGUCAUUAUAACCCCAGAGGAAGAGGAGCUCUUUUGCAGACACCCCAAAGACCUUUCCCAGUCACACCAAUCAGCCCUAUUAGUCCAAACAAAGGCAAGGAGUUGGAAGAUACAAAGAUGGCUUUACAAGAACUACAAACAGAAUAUAACACUUAUAAACGCGAAAAAGGAGAAUAUGAAAAAAUGCUAAAUGCACAAUUGGAGAAAUUACGGUCCGAGAUAUCUGACAUCAGAGUGCAAAACACUCAAUUGUCUUCACAGCUGGAUUUUGCAUCUGAGCGUUAUAAGGUUCUGCAAAAUAAUGCUGACUGUUACAAGAAAGAGAUCAACACGUUAAAGGAACAAAAUAAGAAAUAUUCUCUGCAAAGUGUCAGAUUAGAGCAGAAUGUUAGCACAUUGCACUCGGAUUUAGUUACUGCUCAAGAAAAUAUCUCUCGACUUGAAGUCCGCUGUCAAAAUCUUUCAUCUGAGCGGGACUUAUUAAAAGCAGCUGAACAACGUCUUGUACAAGAAAAGGAAACUAUGCUCAAAGAGCAACAUAGCCAAAAUGUUCUGUUGUCUAAUUUGCAAACAAUACAGAAUAACAUGGAAAGAGUUGAAAAUGAAACAAAGUCUCGGCUUAAUCACCAAGUUGAAGUUGCUGAAAAAGAGCUGAUCAACAUUAAAAGAAAAUUAGAAAAUGCAGAGACAGAACAUAAAAAUACCAUCCAAAGACUGGAGAACAAGAUGUCUAGUUUACAGAAUCAGCUUGAUGGAGAAAUGAAAGCUCACCAGAAAUCUAAGGACACCAUUCUUGAUAUAACUCGACAUUUGAACACUCAGAAACAAGAAUUAUCAGCAACACAAUCUAAACUGGCUUGUGCUGAAACCAAACUUUCAAAGUCUUUUGGUACCAUGGAUACACGGGGCAGUGGUACACCUACUAUACAUGCUCCAAAUGAAGGUGAAUCAUUGGCUGUGAAAGAUCUCAAAUGCUUAAAAGAUCAACUAGAAAAAAGCCGAAAACAUGUUGAUCAGUACAAGGCUAUUUCUGAAAGCUUAGAAAACAGCCUGAAGGAUCAGAAUAAAGCUAGUCAACACUUCAGUGAAAACACUGAGAAGAAACUAGAAAAUCUCAAAGAAGAAAAUGAAACUAAGACAAAGAAAAUUGAAAUAUUAGAAAAGGAGAAAGAAGAAUUAGCUGAAGAUAAUACAAAAUUAGCAGAGGAGAAACAUAAAAUGAUUACAGAUUUACGGAAGCAGUUGUCUAAUCUUCAGAAUGAACUUCAUGAAUCCAUCCAAAGUCGAAAAACGGCCAUUGCCAAUGAGCAAGCUGCUCGGGAAAGUUGCCAAACUCAAGCUAAACUGGCUGCUGAGGCACAGGAUAAGUACCAACGAGAGCUUAUGUUGCAUGCUGCUGAUAUGGAAGCAAUGUCCACAUUGAAGAAGGAAGCCAUUGAACACUCACAGAAAUUAGAAGCAGCUAAAGAAGAGGCUAAGCAAGCCACAGCAACUCUCACAGAAGCUAAGAAUUCUUGGACUGAACAAGAACGAAUAAUGAAAAAUGAAAAUGGUCAAAUUGAAAGCAGAUGUACAGACCUUAAUCGUCAGAAUGCAAUUCUCCAUGAACAGCUUGGUCAGCUUUCCAAACAGGUAGCUUAUAUUCAGAAAUCAGCUGAAUCCUCAGAUAUCUUAAAUACAUCAAUAGAAGAAAAGGAGAAAUCUUCCGAACAACUUUUGGAAGUUAUUCGGUUCUUGCGUAAAGAGAAAGAAAUUUCAGUGACUCGUGUAGAAGUAGCUGAAGCAGAAACACUUCGAAUGAAACAGAGAUUGGAAAAUCUUCAGAAGCAAUAUGAAGAAACUUGUAAAAAUCUUUCUGAAGAGAGGGAGAGAUCACAGGUCAAUGUCCACACUGCAUCUCAACAUGCUGAGCUGAUGCGCAAAGUUGAAAAUUUGAAUGUCCUCUCUGAAAGCAAUGCUAUGCUUAGGCAAGAAAAAGAAAAGCUCAAUGGUGUAGUUAAGGAGCUAACAACCAAGGUGAAAAAACUGGAAGAUGAUAUACAACCAUUACAAUCAAACAUUCGUGAGUUGAAUAGCCAGAAAGAUACUUUGACAAUUGAGAAAAAUAAUCUGACUGGAGAAGUGGAAAGAUGGAAAGCCCGAACAAGUCGUCUGAUUGAACAGUGCAAUAAGUCGGAUCCUGAGGAACAUAGACGCAUUGUGCAAGAAAGAGAAGAUCUGAAGAAACAGGUUUCAACCCUCAAUGAAGACAAUCACAAAAAAAAAGCAGAAAUUUCCAGGAUCACUAUUACUCACUCAAAUACCUUGAAAGAAUUGAAUGCUAUAAAAAUAGAAGCCAAUAAAAAGGAUUCUGAGCUUACGACUUUGCGCAACCAAUUAGAAGAACUCAAUAAAGAGAUGGAAACUAAAAACAAAGAUGUUGAAGAAAAAGCCAAAACUAUUUCACAGUUGAAGAAGAUUGGUCGCAAAUACAAAGACCAAGCUGAGGACACUGCGAAACAAUUGAGUGAACUGAGAGACAACCAACAAAUGCAGCCCACUUCUGAAGGCAGCAAUCAACAAGCAAUGGCUGAAGCAAAUGAGAUGUUGGAAACUGCCAAGAAGAAAGCUGAAGAAGCUGAUAAAAAGUUACAGGAAGAACAGCAAUUAAGAGCCACAUUAGAGCAAGAAAUAAAUGAAAUAAAAGCUAAAAAUACUGAACUGGAAAACAAUCAGUUAAAGUCUAAGAAUGUCCUCCAAAAUGCUAAAGCUAAAAUAACCACCCAAAAGGAACAACUGGAAAGGUUGACAAGUGAAGUAACAGAACAGAAGAGAUUGCUGGAAGAUGUUGAUAAAGCCAAGAUUGAAAAUGUUUUAAGAGAAAAUACUAUAAAAUCUCAAUAUGAAGGUCGUAUUAGUAACUUGGAGAGAGAACUUGAAGAAGCCAGACAAAAUGCUACUGCUGCAUCUGUUGGGGAUAUGAAACAAGUGCUAGAACGACUCCAGAAGGAAAAUGCAGAGUUACAAGCCAAAGUACAGCAAAUGCAAAAACAGUUGGAGGUAAAGCAGAAGCAACAGCCAUCAGUAUCUAGAGCCACAACGCCUGCUGUAUCUGCAGAUAGAUUGAGCCUGCCUGUAGGUGAAACUCCUAAAAUGGCCAACAUUCGCCCAAUGACUUCAACUACACCAGCCUCAGUUCGACAAACAUCAGCUCAACCUAUGAUGUCUGCUGCAGCUGCUGCUAAGGCUACUGCUAGCAUUAGGCCUAUGGCCAUUGCCCCAACUACUGCGAGUCCUGUUUCUGCAACUACACCAACAGCUACUGUGAUGCCAACCACUAUUACUUCACAAGAGAGUCAUGAUGGUAUUACAGACAGUCCCCCUUCAACUAUCAGCCAACUUAGCAGUGCAGUGCCUUUGACUGGUCGGCCCACACAGCAGAUUCAGCGUGUCACUCCACAGAUUGAAGUUAUGCAAGAGCCAUCUGUUCCGGCAACCACUACAUUUUCUCCUAUGCAGAUGGAGAUGACCUCUGUGAUUACCAGUGCUGCUUCAUCUGCAACCUCAGCUACUGUGCAAGUUUCUACUUUGUCUGGUACGAUAACAACAUCCACUUCAACUGCAGAUGAAACAGAUAGGUCUGAACCUCAGCCAUCAACAUCCUCCCCCACUGGACAAUCACAGCAACCUCAACCAUCAACUUCUCAGUCUGGAAACAAAAGAAGCAGAGAUGAUACUGAUGUUUCUGAAGAAGAUAAUCAAGUAAAGCGUUCAAAAACUGGGCAAGCUUCGAUGGGUUCUAUUCCAGUGAUUACUGUAACAGAUGAGCAGACUCAAACCACAAUUCUGAGCUCAACUGAUGCUCAGAAGAAACAAGAUGUUGUUGGGCCAAGACCAGACAUUGGCCAUUGGUCAUCUGCAGUCGGUGGUAACUACUUCAGCAGUGUGAUUGAACACCAAGGUCACUCAGCCACAACCCUCAGUGAGUGGCAGAGUUUGGCUAGGCCAACUAAGCAUGGGCCGCAGAUGACCACCCAGAGUAGUACCAUCAUAAUUCUGGACAGUGAUGGAGACCAGGAUGAAACCUCAGAGUUGACUCAAACAUAUCAAGAGACCGAGCUGGAAGUGGAAGAUGAUGAGGAUGAAGAUGAUGAUGAUGUUGAUGAAAUUCCAGAUGAAGAGGAAGAUGAAGAUGAUGAAGAUGAUGAAAUUGAGUCAUACAAUGAAACUUUGGCAUCUACUCAACCUUACACUGAAACAGGUGAUGAUGAUGUUGUUAUUGUUGAAGAUGAUGAUGAAGAAACAAAUGUAAGACCACAAGUUGAUCCUCAUGAAGAAGAUGAACAACGUCCUCCAGAUCAAGAUAAUUCCGGAAGUCAAGCUGCGAGUGGGCCAAUUCCAAUGGGAACUAAUGCUGGCCAACGUUCAACCCCUCAACUAUUGCCAUUGCCAACCCAGACUACUGAUAGAUUGCCUGCAAGUGGGAGUAGUGGAAGUGCAGGUCGAUCACAGUUAACUCCUUUUAUGUUCCAGGGACCUCCUGGCCCCUUUGAAGAGGGUGAUGACUGCACUGUCCCCAGCACCCCAACUUUGUGUGUUCCUCGUCGAACUGAUGGCUUUGCAGAAGCUGUCAAUUAUCCACAAGUACCUCAAAGAUUUGUUUUUGGACCUGGAGAUGGAGUGGGCCCUUCAGAGUUAGCAUCACAAGGAGCAUUGGGGAUGGAUGACACUCGAAUGGAUCUUUCACAGUUUGAUGAUGGUCAGACCCGUAAUGUACCGACCACUCCACAUCAAAUAACACCACUUGGUGGUUCGGCCAGUGGUGUUUUUGGAAGUUUCCAAGUUACAAGUGCGCCUCCUCAACAAAUCCUUCAAGGAGAUUCUGAAGCAAGCAAAGAAGGGAGCAGCCAAGAAAGUGCCAGUGCUUCAGUGCCUUCAGAAAUGCCUGGAUCUGAUACUGUUGCUGAAGGAGGUGAAGAGGAAACUUCAACAGCAGAAAAAUCAGCAACUGAUGAUGGUAACCCAUCAGUGUCAGGAGAGCAAAGUUUGGAACAGACAUCUGAAGAUGAUGGAGACCGAUCAGCAUUAGAUCCACAAGGUUUACGCAAAACUCGAAUCCAGCCAAUUGUUUGGGAUCAGACUUCUGGGCAACAACAGCAGCAGCAACAACAACAGCAACAAGCAGCUAGUACAGCAACAACUCCCAGUCCCUCAUCAGCCAUACAGACCCAGCCUUAUUCAUCAUCAGGGUCAGCACCUGGCACAAGCAGCAAUGUCACUGCACCACCUACUAAAGGCCGUGGUGGAGCCAAUGUGGCAAACACCCAACCUCGUGGUGGACCUGCUGCUGCCAAUGUUCGUAAUAUGCGUGGUGGAGCAAAUGCAAGAGGCAGAGGGGCUGUAAUGCGAGGUCAUAUGGCCAGGGGACAAAUGGUCAGAGGUCAUGUUGGUCGGGGGCGUAACCCUGGGGUAAGGGGUCCUGCUGGCCGGAGCCGUGGAAGUUUACGAAGACAAACAUAA